UCUCACCGCUAAUUGCAAAGAACCAAAAUCUGCAAAACUCAGAUCCGGGAUGAUCUGGAAACCCUGGAGAACGGUGACCGAGGUUCCCUACAACAUCCUAGCAGGCGUAGCGGUAUCAGCGGAGUUGUUGGCCGCAGCGGUUGCCCAUAUUGUCACGACAGGACUGUUGGAGGGGGAUGAGGAUCUGGACGCAAGAGCAUAUGCUACUGAUUGUGAAAGAUUCUACAGGAGCGACGCUUCCGACUGCGACUCAUGGGAUGGGGAUGACGAAAGAGAAAAACUGGAUUUGUACCCCGAGUUGGAAAGCGACAGUGGUAGAAAGACGGAAGUUACGAGAAGACCGCAUUUGCUGGAAGGAGUGGCACAACUCAACCCCAGGAAGGAGGCACCAACAACAGACAACUACGGGUGGGCAAGACAUUCCAUGAUCAGACAUCCAAGAGGGGGGAAUAAGACGAAAGUCAUUGUCACCCCUGGAAAAGGAGUGUUCUAUGGGACAGAACUCCAUCAGUUCUGCCUCGAGAAAGGUAUCAGCCAUUUGAUUGUUGCGGGUGUGGCCACGGAGAUUGAAGGUCAGCAGGUGAUGCGGGAGCUCAAUGACCGGGGAUAUGAGCCAGUCAUGAUUGUGGACUGCACAGCAAGUUAUUUCCAAGAGCUUAAAGAUGUGGCUAUAGAAAUGAUGACAGCCCAGGCUGGUCUUAUUGGGUGGUCCACUUCUCUCGAUCUCAUCAAGCGAGCCCUUGAAUUGGCUGAUUUUGAAGAGUCGAGCUUCUCUCCACCCUUUGUGCUGGUGCAGAAGGACGCUGCACGAUAUCCUACUGUGCCUAUUCUGCUGGGUCCAGAUCUGUAUCCUCUGAAUUCCAGCCAUUCACCCACGCCAGUGUUUCGAGAGGGGAGCUCAGAGGAGAAGAUGUGUUUUGUGGAGGGAGCACAGCCAUACAGCAAAGGAGGACACAAGCAUGGAAGUGGAGGAAUACAACAACAGUGGGAAGGGAAAACUCCACCUCCAAAGAACCAAGCUGCCCACCUGCAAAACCACCGCGACACGCAGCAACUAGAGCGAAGGCCAGUUACAACCAGACCUGAGCCAAAGGAAUACUCACUAGCGCACCUGGGCAUUGAGGUGGAGUCCCUCCAGGCGCAAUGCGGAAGGCUUAGCGAGCUCGAUGAGGAGAUGAGCCGUCGCACGGUGGUGGUGCAAGACCUGCAGUACCGGGGUCACAACGACUUCUGGGAAAGAGCGAGGAAAGAAGCCAAUCUUCUGCUUCCAUCCAGAGCAAUAAUACCCGUUCAACAGGAUAUCACAAGUGGGGAGUGGCAGGUAGCGAUGCGCAAAGACUUCACGGUGCCCAAGCUACGGGGACAGAAAUGCAGCGAUGCGUUGAAAGGAAUCACAAAGGGGAAGGAACCAAAAUUCACAGGAAUUGCAGGUAAGCAGGCAUCAGAAGAGGAACCGAAGGGGGCAAGAGCCAUUGGCAAAACGGAGAAAAAUCCCCGAUAUGACGCAAAACCAAUUAUAGCCUGUUUCGACCAACAAACAAAACUGGCUGAGGGUUGGCAAUGGAGACCUUGGUGGACGGUACCAAGCUUGCCCAUCACAACAUUGGGGAAUGAAGCAACUACGACCCAGAAUGCGGCAAGCCUGGCUACGCUAGCAGGAGCAGGGGUCAUGAUUUUGGAGGAGGAGGAACUGCUGGAGAAAUUAUUCCCACUAGAGGACGAGACAGAGGGUUCAACUCUUCGAGUUGACGCAGGURUUGUACACAGGAAGCAUCAGAUCUUGGUUGUGCACACAAUGGAGUCGCACAUGCCAGACCUGCGGGACUGCCCGCUUGCAAAGCUGACGAGGAGGAAGCUUCCACAAGGCUACCGGAUUGGUGAUCAGGGCAAACUAGGGCGGGUUCUUAUACACGGAGAAUGGGGAAAUGCAAUUCUUGAUGAAGUCUCCCCACUUCCAAAUGAAAAGGUGAUUCACAAGCCAGGAAAAGGUGCCUUCUGCUGCACAGAGUUGUACGACUACUUUCUGUGCAAGAACAUAACACACCUGAUCUUCGCUGGUGUAACUACAGAUGUAGCUGUGCAGACUUCCAUCUUUGAGGCAAACGACAGAGGAUUUGAGUGCUUGUUGAUUGAGGAUUGCACAGAAUCCUAUGUUCCGCACUUCAAGCUUGCCGCCCUUGAGACCUUGACCGCUCAAGGAGCAAUUGUGGCAUGGACUGCAACACUUGAACAGCUAGCUGAAGGGCUGUGCUCAGCUGAGCAAGGAAGGCGACAAGUGUCAUCCAGAGGGUCAGGGGACGAAAGCCCACACUUGCAAGUAGCAGGCAAUAGUCCUAUGCAUCAUUUCCAUUCAGAGAGCAUUGACACUGACUGUGAAGUUUACCAUGAUGCUGUAGACUACGUCAGAAUGGAUUCAAUGACUAUCUGUGCUGGUGAUGAGGUUGACGAGGAAAGCUAUUCUGGCAUAUUGCCCGAGCAGGAUCUCCACGACUCUGAAAUGUUUGAUAGUUUCAGAGAUUGUAUCAGUGAUACAAAAAGUUGUGAUGCGUCAAGGAGGAGUCAGCAUCCCAGAUGGCGAUCAAUGUCUAUUGACCUUAGACAGGCCAUGUCCCAGAACUCUGAAUUUUCUGGAUCACCUGCUAUGUUCUAUUCCCCCACAUCAGGGCGAGAUGAUGACAGGUCAAGUAUGACAACACGGUUUGACGAGUGCAGGACCUCAUAUGAAGAGGUAACUAGCCGAAUGAGAAUUGGGUAUGAAGAGAGCCGUGUGACAGAGUCAAGUUCAAUCCUUGAGCUGGAUCCACCAGUUGAUCAGUACCCGUGCCUUGGUGACAGCGAUUUUAAAGGGAAGGGGAUGGGACAUAAAAAAGUGCUAAAAAGGGAGGAGAUGAUGGAGGAGGAGGAGGAGGAGGAGGAGGAGGAGGAGGAGGAGGAGGAAGUGGCAGAGCAGGGUGAGGCACACGAAGAAGCUGUGGAUAGGGAGGUGAUGAUGUCGGGGGAGAUGGUGACAGUGGAGGAUGUGGCGAAGGAGGUGUGUGCCGAAAAGGGACUGUUUUCUCAAGGACACUUUGAAGACUCCGAGGUAGACGUGGAGGAGCAAAAGGGGAAUGCAGCAGAGGAGAAGGAGGGAAGGGAGGGAAGGGAGGGAGGAAAGGAGGAAGGUGGGGUGAAAAGAAAAGAUGAUGUGAACGACUUCUCUGAAGAAGAGGUGAAGCAAGAGUUCAAAGAGGAAGCUCGCAGGACUUACUUUCGAAAGGACUUCGAAGCGACAGAUUUUCAAGAGGUCAGUAAGAUGGCCAGAGAUGUGUUGCAAGAGGAGACUCAAGAGGAAGAUGAAGUGCAGUUGCGCGAAGAGGUUGGGGAAGAGUUUCGAGAAGAGAUUGGAAAUGAGUUUGGAUACGAGGUUGGAAAAGAGGUUAGGAAAGAGGUUGCCAUGGCAUCCCGAGAAGAGAUUCCUGAAGGGGUCCAAUAUGAGGUCCAACAUGAGGUUCAUGAAGAGGUUCGAACUGAGUUUCAAGAAGAGGUCCAAGAAGAGGUUCAUGAUGAGGGUCAAGAAGAGGUUCAAGAGGAGGUUCGAGAAGAUAGUCUGCAGGAUUGCAAACUGACAGAAGAGAUAAUGAGUCUGCAGGAUUGCAAACUGACAGAAGAGAUAAUGACAAAGACUGGAGAGGAGCAAGUGGUGGAUGCACUGUCAGGGAGUUACGUGCGAUUGCUGACUCAUGCAAGUGAAUCAAAUAGGUGUGCACCUUCAUUCUCCCAAUUGUCAUCCCGAGGCGGGUCAGUGCAAAACUCACCAUCAUGGGGAGCAGAGAGUUUCUGUCACUGGCAGACUAGAGAUGGGCUUGAAGCAACAGGUAGCGACGGGAGAGGAAAUGCGGCGGAUACCAUCAUGGAUACUGCGCAAUGGAAAUGUGACGUGGGUACUGGAGGGGUUAGGUAUCAAGAAUUCCAGAGAACGUUGAAGGACAGAAAAGGAAUUCAAGGAGCGAAGGAUGUUGUCGUGGGAAAAGUUGAGGUUCGAAUACAAGAGAUGAGAAUGGCAAGUAGAUCUUUCGAUGGAGAAUUUGAGACAAGGAGGGGCGCUGAUUGUUUCUCCGUCACAGACACAGAAAAUCUAACACGGUCGAUGGACACUGACUGCACACAAUUUUCAAAGGCUUAUGUCCCUGAGACAUCGUUUGAUAGCAUCGAUACCCUAGGCAAGGGAGAGGAGCUGUGGAGAGAGGCGCAGGACUACAGCCCUGUCUCGAGAGCCGCAGAGUUGGAUGAGGGAAAGCAUGCAGCAAGAAUGGAAGGGGGGGAGGAACCAGAGUUGGAGAUGGAAAGAGAUCCGAAUGGCAGGGGUGUGGUCAUCGAAUCAACAGAGGAGGAGAUGGAUGAAGAGCUGGCAAUGACAACGACUACAGAGAGUGAGCCACUAAAAGGAAAAGAUGGGUCAAGCCAGCGAAGCCUUGACAGAUUGGAGACACGCUCAUCAGAGCACUGGUUUACGGCUUGCGUGGAUGAAGGCUGCACGGAGGCUGACAAGGAAAAGCAGGGCAAUACUAAAGCGAAUGGGCAAAAGCAGACGGCCGUACCUCUGGAUAAUGGGUCAGGCAACGAGCGAAACAACAGACAACAUAAGGAUGCUCACAAAGAGGAUGGAUAUUAUACUGAGGACGAAAGGGAAGAUCCGUGUUACCCCAGUCGAGCUUUGUUUACGAGGGUACCAAUUAAGAAGAUCCAGAAUACGAUGGCAAAGAAGCUGGAAGACGGCGAUGCGGACUACGUCGUCUGCCGUGCAGCCCUUGACGCUCCCACACUUAUGUCACCGUCGACAAAGUCAUCCACAGGAGGGGACGAAAAGCGCAAUGCCAAGCAAGGAACUCAAUAUCAUACUGGAAGGGAACCUCCUGUCAAGGCACAACGGCACGAGCAGGAUAAGCUUGAGCCAUCCGACGCUGUCAGAAAGUCAGUUUCGCAGUACAUCAGCUUUGACAAGUAUCUUCAGGUUGUCCCGAUCUCGAGUAUGAGUGGCGGAAUGGAUGGGACUGAUGUGCACAGCAAACCAAAUGCUGAACAGACAAAGGAUGUGGAUGACAUGGUGAGCCAAGGUAAUAUUGGAGGAUCCUUGAAAGUACCACAGUAUGGAAUGUCGUCACCCGUGAAAAGGAAGGACAAUUGGAGUGACGGAGCAGAGAAGGAAAAUCAAAUGGCCAUUGGAGUGCCACUGGGAAAUCCUUUGCUACCGGGGUCGGGUCCACUUCGACCAACACCAGCACAGUCAGCCGCAGCUAUCAGGGCACAGAUGAUAGUGAGCAAGAAUCUGCCUGGCCAGUAUCGUGAGGAACGGUGGAGUGAGCCAUCUGUAGAUCCCAGAGUAGAGCGGGGUGAGGGGACAAGAUCUUGUGGAUGCAUUCCAAGGGGGCUCUUCUUCAGAAACAGCUCUAGCAGCAAAAGAAGUAGUUGUUAGACCGAACAAGUCCAUGCGCACAGAAGGCAAUCCAUCCACCUGCUGACAAGUUUGCACAGAUGAAACAUCAUCCACAGUAACGGAUUGUACUCCAUUUCUGUUUGAUCUCGUUGAGCAUAGUCUAAUCUAGUCGAUUCGAUUUUAAGCCUCUCUGCUCUAGCUUGACCUAAUGCAGUCUGGUCUUGCGCCCUUGAUACAAGGAGUGCGCUACCAGAUCUUGUGGAAACAAAGGCCCAUUAGGUUUUUUCAUCCAACUGUGAUCAUUCCCGCACAGCAUCCUAAAACGCAGGAAGCCGACAAACCCGCCCUGAUAGCAGGCACUUGGAGUUACUGGAGUUUAAUCGUAGUCUUGUAUGAUUUCUCUACUAUGUCCUAGCGUAACCUGACCUUGUCCAGUUUGAUCUGAUCUAGUCUGGUCUCGUCUCAUCGGUGUACUCACUCUACGGUUGUGGAAUCUAUUGUGAUCUGCUUUUAGCCUAGACUAGAAGUAGCCUAAUUGAAUCCAGCCUAAUCUAUAGUAGUCUAAGUAGGCUAAUUGAAUCCAGCCUAAUCUAUAGUAGUCUAAGUAGGCUAAUUGAAUCCAGCCUAAUGUAUAAUAGUCUAAGUUAGUCUUGUAUAACUCUGACCAUCUCUGAUAACUUUAAUGUGCAAACUAUUCUGGCCUUGUUCCAAUCUUAUCUCUAUCUAUUGCAGGUUAAGUCUGACUAAUCAGUGAGUACUCUUUCCUAUUCUAGCUUUAGGCUAAUCCAGUGUAGAGUCUGUAGACAGAGUAUUGAAUUUGCUGUCCAGAAUUGUGAUACAAGGAUAUGUAAGUAUUUGGACACGAUUCCAGAAGAAAUUCAUUUGUCAGUGGAGUAGAACAUACCAGCACCUGCAUGCAGAUAGUCAGACUCCUCUAACUCCAGCUUCAAUUCUUGUUAUGUACAUGGCAUGGUUCGUUUGUGGAACGUGUCGAAAUUGGCGGGAGACCAUAUUCUUGUCUGAUUUCUCUAGUCUAGUCUAGUCUAGUCUAGUCUAGUCUAGUCUAGUCUAGUCUAGUCUAGUCUAGCCUAGCCGGACCUUGAUCAGUCUGGUCUGAUCUAGUCCGGUCCGAUCUCAUCUAGUGUAGUCUUAUCUAUUGUGCUAUGCUCUUAGUCGAGCCGUAAUCCAGAGAAGCCAAAGUUGGCCUCACAAAACUCUUGAUGUUUUUUGAUGACUUGAAUGUGCAAACUAUUCUGGUUCUCAUCUAAUCUCAGUUCACUGCAGUCAAGCCUGACCAAGUGUGGACACCCUAUGCUUUCUUAUUCUAGCUUUAGCCUAGUCCAAUCUAAUAGACCGAGUAUUGAUUACCUUCCAGAAUCGUGAUGUAGGGGGAUGCACGUACUUGGACAUGCUCAUCGAAGACAUUCAUUUGUCAGUGGAGUCGAGCACACCAUGCCCUGCUUGCAAAUAGCCGGACUCGUUUACCUCCAGCUUCAUUCUUAUUGUGUGUGUGGCCAUACUAUGGUCCCCAAGUUUAUCUAUAGUCUACGCCUUAAGCGAGCAUCAGCGUCUUGUGCGUGAAGAACAGGUCAGGUUAGCUUCCGUCGACUCUGCACAGUUCACUGCCAUGACUGCCAUGAUGUCGUGCCACAGUUCAAUGCCUUUUGCAGACCACUAUGGGCAGAAUAGGGGCUUUGAUGCAGCAGCCCUGCUGAUGCGCUCCUUGCUGCAUGGCAAUGAGAAGGUUAGUCAGGGCGUUGCUAUGUACAGCAUUUAUCGACUAAUGAGUUGCCUGGGCGAUCUGGAAGCUGUUUUUCAGUUAUACAACAGCACUGUAGAGAAAUCUUGGCAUUCUAUCCGUUGCGUCUUUUGAUCGAAAGGGUCUGUCUCUUCUUCGAGAUCCAGCCCGCAUCAAGCUAGUUGGGUGUUUGUAUUUAUAAAUCCCGAAAACCCUGAAGUGUUGAGCAUCUGAUCGUCUUUACUCGGCUGAGCUUCAGACAAGGACAUUUCAAGUAAUAUGUACUCGUACCAGCCAAUCCCUUGGACUCUGCAAGUCCAGGUUUCGCAGCCUCUGGUUUUCUGGGAUUGCAGUGGUUCCGAAUGUUGAAUAGUAGAUUUCCCUGAGUCGUGGAGAUGGGCACUGUAGCACCCUUCUGCAAUGAAAGGCACAUGGCUACCAAGUUUCGUCAUUGAGAUUAGUGGGAAACGUUCCUUCAUGGGAGCGCGUUGAUGCAACCUGGCAUUUUCCAAGUUUGUGUCGCAGAGGAUUGUCAAACACUGGAGUUAGUCAAAUUGUGACAGUGGUCACUUCUGUGCUCUCUGGUGAAAUUUUCACUGUCAUACAUGUGCCUUCCAGUUCACUAAUUGCCUCUGCAGUAUUGGUUAAUGUGAUUCGGCAUUUACCAGGAUGGAAACAAUGUAGUUGGCCAGAUCAUAAGCAGGCUGCUGGCCGUGCAGUCUGGGCGCCAACAGGGCAGGGGGAAGUUUGUUAGUGGGUUGAUCAGCCUGGAAGGGUGCCAACAGGGCAGGGGGAAGUUUCUUAGUGGGUGGACCAAUAUGUCUUAUGACUCCUAUCUCAUACCCGUAGUUCAAGCAGAAUUGAUAAUCAUGAGUUAGUGAUUGCGUUUGUGGGUAGAGAAAUUGGUGGCAGGGUAGAUCCCCAUUCAUGCUGCUGCGAUCCAGCGGUUGGCUCAUGCAGCUGGAAAGGAAAUUUGUGUUGAUCACCAGAAAUUAUGAUAUAAUAAAUUCACGUAAUUAUA